AUGGAGCGCGAGUACCUUCAAGGGCGCUAUGUGGAGUCAGAGAUUUUGAACCACUCCAUCCUGCGGCACCCCCAUGUGGUCCAGUUCCGGGAGGUGUUCCUGUCGCCACGCCACAUCAACAUCGUCAUGGACUACGCCAGCGGGGGCUCCCUCUUCUCCUACGUGCAGCAGCGCCAGCGCCUCAAGGAGCCGCUGGCGCGCUGGUUCUUCCAGCAGCUGCUGCUUGCGGUUGACUACUGCCACAAAAAGGGCAUAGCCAACCGGGACAUCAAGCUGGAGAACACCCUGCUGCAGGUCAUCCCGGGGCUGCCGCGGCCGCUCGUCAAGAUCUGCGACUUUGG